GUGCAUUUGUCUCUAGUCGAUUACAUUCUUCUCGUGCAUUUCACCUAUCGAGAAAUACUCCUACAAACUUGAUCCUACAGUUUGUACUUUGCUAGGUUUCCCCACCAACAGAAGGUGGAUCAGCCCCCAAUGCCCAAAUCGACCGUCAAGGAAAAGACCCGCCAAAAGUCCGGCGAUGCCUCGUCGCGCUUGGUCUACGAGGAGGGCAAGCCCAUUCGCGCCCAGAAUGACGACGAUGACAUGACCAGCAGUGAAGGGAGUGACGAUGAGUCGGAUGUUCCCGAGAAGGAUGAGGCCGAACUCAAGCUGGAACAGAUGCUUUUCGGCGACGACGAUGGAUUUCUCGGCGCACUGAAGACUCAGAACGAGCGCGGUCUGGUACUUGCUGAUCAGAGCGAUGAGGAAAUGGGGGAUGGCGAUGACUCGGAGAAUGACGAUGAAGAGCAAGAUCUGAGUAAAUUGGCUGACUCCGAUCUGUUCUUCCUUGAUUCCGGACCCGGACCUGUUUCUGACUACAUCGGCGAGGCGCCUGCGACACCGUCCGAUGAGGAGGCUAGCGAAGAGGAGGCCAAUGGCUUGCCCGCCUUGUGGCAUGAUAGCGACGAUGACCGUCUUACAAUCUCACUGGCGAGCCACCAGCGGUUGCGCAAGCUGCGCGUCGCGGAAUCAGAGGACGUCAUUAGUGGCAAGGAAUACAUUCGCCGGUUGCGCAGACAGUUCGUCCAGCUGAAUCCUGUGCCCGAUUGGGCAAACCCCGAGAAGAACCAGCAGAAGGACGAUUCCGACGCCGAUGACAUGGAUACGGAUGAUGAGGAGCGCUCUUCCACACAACCUCUCGCGAAAUUGCUUCAGGGUGCCACAGAUCUCGUCAAGCUGGAGGACAACACAGGUCCUGGCGGCAAGAGAAAGAUGCGUCAGGAGGUCAUUGGCAUUGCGAGACUCAAGGAUGUCGGCAAGGACCAGCCGUCGGCCAUCGAUUCACUCUCUUUCCACCCUCAUUACCCACUACUGCUCUCCUCCGGACAGGCAGCCACUCUCUUCCUGCAUCACAUCUCGCCCUCCGCCCUGGCUCCGAACCCUCUUCUCACAUCCUUCCACAUCCGCCACACGCCCCUUCACACCUCUGCGUUCCAUCUGCCCAGCGGAAACCGCAUCUUCGCAUCUGGGCGUCGGAGAUACUUCCACAUCUGGGACCUGGAAACCGGCAAGGUGGACAAGGUCAACGGCACCUCGGACCGGAAGGAAGAGCAGAAGACGAUGGAGCGCCUCAAGCUGUCCCCGUGCGGACGGUAUGUGGGCUUGGUGGGUUCGGCCCGCAAGGGCGGUGGUCUCAUCAACAUCCUCGACUCCAACACGGCGCAGUGGAUUGCACAGGUCCGUGUGGACGGUCGCGGAGGUGUGUCGGAUUUCGCGUGGUGGAGCGACGGCGAGGGUCUGACAGUGGUGAGCAAGAGUGGUGAGGUCUCCGAAUGGGACGGCCGCGAGAACCGUGUGGUGGCCCGCUGGAUCGACGCCGGCGCCGUGGGCACGACGGUACUCAGCCUAGGCGGACGGUCCGGACGCACUCAACUUGGCGGUGACCGCUGGGUCGCCAUUGGCAGCUCCAGCGGUAUUGUCAACGUGUACGACCGUCGCGAAUGGGCAGCCGCAUAUGCUGCUGCUGCCGCUGCCUCGAACACGGAGGAGACCAGCCAGACUUUCAUCCCUCGGAACCCCGAACCGGUACGCGUGCUGGACCAGCUCACCACGCCCAUCAGCCACUUGGUCUUUGCGCCGGAUGGACAGUUCUUCGUGAUGGCGAGUCGCUGGAAGCGCGAUGCAUUGAGAAUCGUCCACCUCCCCAGUUGCACGGUCUACCGCAACUGGCCGACCUCCAACACCCCCUUUGGCCGUAUCUCCGCCGUGGCCAUCUCGCCCAACUCGGAGCAAUUGGCUGUGGGUAACGAGCAAGGUCGGAUCCGUCUGUGGGAGAUUCGCGGAUGAGAGAGGUCAUGCAUCUACUCGAUAGUAUUAUAUAGACGCGUUUUACGGUUUGGAUCAGUGGCAUACAAAAGUAAUUACAUUGCACACUCUGCAUUGACGUUGGCUUUCGUAUCUCAUAUCAAGCAGCAGCCGGGCUUUUUUCUCAUCCUAUGCUUACCCAAAGCU